GCGGCGCCGGGCGGGCGGCGAUGGACGGGCAGCCCCGGGCGGGCCCCGCCGCGCCGCGCUGGAGGAGGCGGGCGACCCCCCGGCCGCAGCCCCUCGCCUGGAGCAAGCCCCGGCCGCAGUCGUACCAGAGCCCCAGCGGGCUGCUCGUCACCGACUUCCCCCUGGAGGACAGGUGCGCCUUCACCGUGACCCAGCCCGCCGGCACCGUCAGCCCCGCCAUGGGAUCCGUGUCCAACGGCACCGUGCGGCCGCCGCGCUCGCCAGGGCUGUCCCCUGAGCGCUCCCGGCUGCUCGCCCUGGCUCCGGACAGCCCCGUCGGUUCGACCGCCAACGGCACCGUCCUCGCCCCGGCCAGCGGGCAGGGCCGCCGGGCCCGGCCGCCCAGGACUGCGGGGCUGGCCCCGCACCAGGACCGCAUCGUGUUCGCGGCCAGCGCGCAGCCCGCGCCAUGCGGCCAGGCCGCCGAGCCCCCCGGGGUACCGGGAGGAUCCCCCGGGAUCGGCCGGACCGCCGAGUCCCCAGGGGUACCGGGAGGAUCCCCCGGCAUCGGCCGGACCGCCGAGCCCCCGAGGGGAUCCCCCGGGAUCGGCCGGGCUGAGCCCCCGAGGGGAUCCCCCGGGAUCGGCCGGGCUGAGCCGCCAGAGGUGCCGGGGGAUCCCCCCGCGGAGCCCCCCGCGCUGCUGAGCACGCACAGCCCCGCGGCGCGCAAGGUGGGCUCGCAGCAGCUGAUCCCGCUCAGCCUGGCCGAGAGCCGGCCCGCGGGCCGGGCCCAGGGCCACGACCGGCUGCUGAAGGCUCGGAGCCUGGUGGAGACCCCCCGGCUGCCCCCGGGCAGCGACGCCGAGGACGAGCCCGAGGGCGGCCCGGGCAGCCCGGGCACGCUGCGGCGAGGGCUCCGCUCCACGUCCUACCGCCGGGCCGUGGUGAGCGGCGUGGACCUGGACGGCUCCGCCAACUGCAAGAAAAAGAACAGAAUGUCCCAGCCCAUCCUGAAAGCCGUGGUCGAGGAUAAAGAGAAGUUUUCGAGCCUGGGCAGGAUAAAGAAGAUGCUGAAAGGCCAAGGGACAUUCGAUGGGGAAGAAAAUGCUGUAUUAUAUCAGAACUAUAAGGAAAAAGCUCUGGACAUAGAUUCUGAUGAGGACUCUGAGCCCCGGGAGCAGAAAGCAGAUGACAAGGUUGUUUUCCAGUACAAGCCCCUGAGGUCGACGUGGAGUCAGCUCUCUGUGGUGAAGAGGAAUGGAUUGUCAGAAGCCAUCAGCCAGGAGGAGAGGAAGAGACAGGAGGCAAUAUUUGAAGUGAUCUCUUCUGAGCACUCUUACUUGCUGAGCUUGGAGAUCCUGAUCCGGAUGUUUAAAAAUUCCAGGGAACUGAGCCUCACAAUGACCAAAACAGAGAGCCACCACCUCUUCUCCAACAUCACCGAUGUUUACGAGGCAAGCAAAAAGUUCUUUGAAGAACUGGAAGCAAGGCACCAGAACAACAUCUUCAUCGACGACAUCAGCGACAUCGUGGAGAAGCACGCGGCGUCCACGUUCGACCCCUACGUGAAGUACUGCACCAACGAGGUGUACCAGCAGCGCACGCUGCAGAGGCUGCUAGCCACCAAUCCAGCGUUUAAGGAGGUGCUGUCCCGGAUCGAGUCCCAUGAGGAUUGCAGGAAUCUGCCCAUGAUCUCCUUCCUCAUCCUCCCUAUGCAGAGAGUCACUCGUCUCCCCUUGCUGAUGGAUACCAUUUGCCAGAAAACUCCCAAGGAUUCAGCAAAAUAUGAGAACUGCAAGCAGGCUCUGAAAGAAGUCAGCAAGCUGGUGCGUCUGUGCAACGAGGGCGCUCGGAAGAUGGAGAGGACGGAGAUGAUGUACACCAUCAACUCCCAGCUGGAGUUCAAAAUCAAGCCCUUUCCACUGGUUUCCUCCUCAAGGUGGUUGGUGAAAAGGGGUGAAUUAACGGCAUAUGUGGAAGACACUGGAUUGUUUUCCAAAAGAACCUCCAAGCAGCAGGUCUACUUCUUCCUCUUCAACGACGUCCUCAUCAUCACCAAGAAGAAGAGCGAGGAGAGUUACAACGUCACCGAGUACUCGCUGCGGGACCAGCUGGUGGUGCUGCCCUGCGAGGAGGAGCCCGCCAGGAACGCGGCUGCGAUGGCUCGGGGCUCUGCCGGCCACCUCUUCAGGCUGCUGGUGCUCAGCAACCACGCGGGGGACAGGGUGGAGAUGCUGCUGGGAGCAGAGACACAGAGCGACAGAGCGCGGUGGAUCACGGCGCUGGGACAGGACAGCGACGGGCCCCACACCGACAGGACCACCCUGGCCCAGGUGGAGAUCAUCAGGACAUACACAGCCAAGCAGGCCGAUGAACUGUCCCUCCAAGUGGCUGAUGUCGUUCUGGUCUAUCAGAAAGUGAAUGACGGCUGGUACGAGGGGGAGCGGCUGCGGGACGGCCAGCGGGGCUGGUUCCCCUCGGAGUGUGCCAAGGAGAUCACCUGCCGGGCCACCCUGGACAAGAACAUGGAGCGCAUGGGGCGCCUGCUGGGGCUGGAAACCAACGUGUAGCGUGUUCCUGUCCCACACCACGCUCUGCACCGGCUGCUGGGGCUGCUGUGGGACGGGGGCACCGGAGCCCACCCCCACUUCACCAGAGCACUGACGUUUGGAUACUCCUGUCCGUCCUGCUUUGCCUCCCCAGAGCUCCCAGCUGAAGCCUGGCUCCACCAGGAGCAGACUGCAGGUCACAGCAUUGUCCUGGGAGCUCAGCUCAG